AUGGAACUCGCAGAGGGCGAGCUCGCCAGGUUGUUGGAGGAGACACUGGCGAACUGCCUGGGUUACACAGCUCCUCGCGAGGUUCUUCGCACGAGACGUGCCUCCCAGGCGGUGCUGGCCCGUGUGGAAGAGUGCCUCCCCGGGCUUCCGACUCAGGCAUUGGAUCGCGACGGCACGACGCUGCUCCAUCUGUCUGCCGGUUUGGGCAUCGCAGAGCUGACUCAGCGUGUGCUCGAACGCCGGUCGGAUGUCUCGAGCAUUCACCGUCAGUUUGGGACCCCGCUACACCUGGCAGCGGAAAGAGGUCACCAAAAUGUUGCCCGUCUGCUCUUGGCCGAGAAGGCCGAUGUGCAGCAGGCUUUUGCAACAACGGAGAUCACAGCACUGCACGUGGCAGCUGCACGUGGCCAUGUGCCGGUGCUGCAUACUCUGAUUGAAGCAGGGGCCGGUGUUAACAAAGCGAAUGCUGCGGGAGCGACCCCUUUGCACUGUGCCGUGGCAAAGGGUCAUGUUGAGGCCAUCACAGCUUUGCUCCAAAGCAGUGCAGAUACUAACAGCAUCUGUCAUGACGGCAAAAGCCCCUUGCAUUUCGCGGCGUAUCAGAGUCUCGUCGAGCCACUACAGGUUUUACUUGAGGCACGUGCUUCCGUCAACGAUACGGAUGCGGCUGGCUACACGCCGCUAAUCUUCGCCUCGCGCGAAGGACACAAAGAGGUCGUGGAAGUCUUGCUGGAAAGCAUGGCCGACGUGAACAUCUUGAGUUCAGAUUGUGAGGGACCUUUGCAUGCAGCUGCGGACCGAGGUCAUUCAGGCAUUGUAGUGCUGCUUCUAUCAAGACAGGCAGACGUAGAAGCAAGAAACGGCGAUGGCCUGACAGCGUUGGACAUGGUUACAAUCGAUGAAAAUCCUGCCAUCGCUGAGCUGCUGAUCGACAGAGGCAAAGUCUCCUCGAUGCGAAGCGUUAGGACAGAAAUGAUCCUGAUGCUAGACAUGAAUCCUGCCAUGUGGCAGCACAUCAACAUUCUAAAGAUUGAGCGCGUGGAGAACGGAAUGCAGGAGGAUGGCAGUGCAGAGCCGUACUAUAAGGCAUUGCAGCGUGGCGUGGAGAAUCAGGGUGUGCCGUUCGUACCAGGAUUGCACACGCGAUGGGUUUUCCAUGGCUCCAGCGCAGUGGAUUCCAUCGUCUCCAACCCCAUCUCAGGAUUCCAGCCGCUGAUGUCUGGAACUCGAGGAAAUGCUCUCUGGGGUUCCGGCACUUACUUUGCCCGCGAUGCUAAGUAUGUUUACGAUGGUGGCUUCUGCAGUCCCGGAGUGGAUGGCAGCAGGCAGAUACUGCUUUGCUUGCUCAUGAACGGAUUCGUUUGCCUCGGAGAUUCGGAGCACAAGGGCGUGCUCCCAUUCCGUCAAGGUCGUCACCGGUACAACGCGUCAGUGGAUAGCCUCUCUAAUCCAGAGAUUUUCGUGACGCAGUCACCCGGUGCCGCAUAUCCCGCUUACGUCAUUACAUUUUCCUAG